AUGGGUAAACCUAAAGAAGAGAAUCUAAAGCAAAAGCAAUACAUAGGAGUUCGAAGGCGACCAUGGGGAAGUUUCGCGGCCGAGAUAAGGGAUUCGACAAGACAAGGAAUGAGGGUUUGGCUUGGAACUUUUGAUAGUGCUGAGGAGGCUGCUUUGGCUUAUGAUCAAGCUGCAUUUUUGAUGCGAGGCCAGUUGGCUCUCCUCAACUUCCCAAAGGAGAGAGUUCAGGAGUCGCUUCGAGACUUGAAGAUGAGGUGUAGCUACAAGGAUGGGUAUUCCCCAGCUGCAGAAUUAAAGGAAAAACAUAAGAUGAGAGGCAAGUCAAGAGGUAGGAGAAAGAAAGGGAAAGACCUAAAUGCAGGAAAUGCCUCAUGGAUCUCUGAAAUUUCUGACAAUGUUUUGGUACUUGAAGAUUUAGGAGCAGAUCUGCUCGAUGAGCUCCUGAGUUCAUCUGAGAGCGCAAGUACUGCUUAG